ACAUGGCCUAUUCACCUUCGUUAUCCAACAGGCCCCCCCUCUUUACACUUCGUACAGUUGCUUCCACCUCCGCUUCCUUCCCUCCGUCCUCCGUCAAGAUCUCCUUUGCUUCUUUUCCGUGCCUGAGAACAAGACUGAGGCUCCCAAAUUCUUAUACGGUUCCUCAGUUUAGGGUUACUUGCGGUGCUGGUAUUGCCGAGAUCAAUGAGACCCAGUUCUCCGACGCUGUCUUGAAGGCAGACCGUCCGGUUCUCGUUGAGUUCGUUGCUAAUUGGUGCGGUCCCUGUCGUCUAAUCUCUCCCAUAAUGGAAUGGGCUGCUCAGGAAUACGGAGACAGAUUAACAGUUGUAAAGAUUGACCAUGAUGCAAACCCGAAAUUGAUAGAAGAGUUUAAAGUUUAUGGACUACCAACACUAAUACUCUUCAAGAAUGGGCAGGAAGUCCCAGAAAGCAGGAGGGAAGGUGCGAUUACAAAAGUGAAACUGAAAGAGCAUCUUGAUGCUUUGUUGGAAUCUGUAUCAGUUACAUAGUGAUUUUUGUGGCUGUAAGUAUCAUAAGCUUUGUUAAUUCUGAAGUCUGAUCCACCCAGAGAAGUUUGCCGCACAUGAGCCGAUCUCUUCUUCUGUUCAUAUGUCCUGUAUGAAACAAUGUUAUAGGCCCUUAACAUUUCUGGUCACCGGUAUAACCUAAAGGUUCCAUUGAUUUCCCUUUC